AUGGGCAGAUAUUCAGUCAAGAGAUAUAAAACCAAGAGAAGAACAAGAGAUUUAGAUUUAAUAUAUAAUGAUUUAUCAACUCCAGAAUCUAUAUUAAAAUUAAAAGAUUCACCAUUAGAUGAAUAUAAAAUUGGUAUGGGUCAAUUUUAUUGUAUUCAUUGUGCAAAAUAUUUUGAAGAUGAUUAUUCUAUUAAAGCUCAUUAUAAAUCUAAGAUUCAUAAAAGAAGGGUUAAGGCAAUUAACGAAAGACCUUAUACAAACUUGGAGAGUGAAGCUGCAAGUGGGAACAAUUUAGAAAAAUUUUUAAAAAGUGUUGAAGUUCAUAAAGCAAGAAAAGCGAAUGAAGAAUUACAUAAAGAUGAAAUUGAAAAAUUGUGUAAAACUGAUCAUCCAAAAUUGAUUGGUGUUACUAAUGAAGAUGAAGUUGAAAUGAAGGAAUAG